AUGGAGUUAAAAGUUUCAUCUCCAAAACCGGGGGGCCUUUCUCCUUCUGAUUGUAUUAGUGAUCCUGAGGAAAAGGAAGUCAGUGAUGAUGAUGAUGAUGAUCGAAACCACAAACAUCGUAGACGAGAGACUCGUUCUCAGUCUUUGGAGAGAGAUACUCUUGACCAAGUUAUAGCAAGGCCAUACAGAAAGCGAAAUAAACCUUUUGCAAAUGGGAACUCUUUCAGGGAUAAUGACUCUCAAGCAAGUACAACAUGGAGAAAUUACAAUUCCACUUCUCAAGACUUUACUGUAAAAUUUGAUAAAAGACGCCCGGGAUUAGCAUCACUGCCUCGAGCACCUUUCGAUUUAAAUCAAAGAAUCCGUGCAAACCAAGGAUUUCUUGGAGACCCUGGUCUUGGUAGGGGAAGAGGAAGAGACUCUGGAUCAUGGGGCCAGCGCGAUUCUAGGUUCAACUCAGAUAUUGCUUCUCAAAUGGUUCAGCAGGGAUCCAUUCCUCCAAAUCUUUUUGCUGGACGCGGAUUACCAAGUGUUUCCAGUGCACAGAAUGCAUCCUGGAAUGCAUUUGGAUUGAUUCCAGGAAUACCUAAUGGUGCCAUGGAUACACUACAUUCCAUUGGCUUGCAAGGAACACUCAGACCACCAAUCCAUUCUUCGAUGAAUAUGGGGAUUCCUCGUCAAAGAUGUAGAGACUUUGAGGAGCGUGGAUUUUGUCUAAGAGGGGAUAUGUGCCCGAUGGAGCAUGGUGUGAAUCGGAUUGUUGUUGAAGAUGUCCAGAGUCUUUCUCAGUUCAAUCUCCCUGUAUCAAGUGCACACCUACUGGGAAAACCCACUGGCCCGGGAUCUCUACCAUCAGUCAGUGCAUCUUCAGCUGCAUUGAUGAAUAGCAAAGGCUUACAUGGAAAAACAAGCAAGUCUGCUGUCAAUGAUGAUGGUUUGGGCUUGAACGGUCCAUAUUCUGGUCCUGGUUAUCUGGGUGGAGCUGAUUUGUAUGACCCUGAUCAACCCCUGUGGAAUAAUAAUGGUCCUGAAACCUCAAAUGCACUUCUAGGCCUGCAAUCACCUAGGAAUGAUGAAACUGAAUCCUUGUCAAAUGAUGAUCCAUCUGAUCGUCAUCAUGCCAGGUUAGAUAGUGCUGAUAAUGAAUGCCCAAUUAGAAUCGUUGGGACAGUUGCCAAUUCACAGAGUACAAGUGUGUCUGUGUGGGGUAGAAUUGGCAGUUCAAAAAGUAAAUUAGAUGUGAAGGAGAAAAUUGAUCCUACAAAUAAUUCUUCAGAUUGUAUUGAGAGUGAAACUAAGGAAGGUAAGGAGGCAUUAGUCAGCAUUCAAAAUCCACCACGUCAAGGGAAGCGUAUCAUGGCAGAAGAUGGCCCAAAAGCCAUGGAUUCAUCACCCAAGACACAUUUUGAUCCUACACGUAACAUUCGGAAACCAUCUCAAAAAGCAUUGCGUACUCUAUUUGUCAAUGGCAUUCCCCAGAAGAGCAACAAAAGGGAGGCUCUUCUUUCUCAUUUCCAAAAGUUUGGAGAGGUCAUUGACAUUUAUAUUCCAUUGAAUAGUGAACGAGCUUUUGUCCAGUUUUCAAGGAGGGAAGAGGCUGAAGCUGCUUUAAAGGCGCCUGAUGCUGUAAUGGGUAACCGCUUUAUCAAGUUGUGGUGGGCUAAUCGUGAUAGCAUUCCUGAUGAUGGCACAGGCACUGCAAGUAAUUUUCCUGGUUCAAUUCCUCCGCCUCCAAUAGUUACUAGUAUAAGCAAAGAUAAUCUUCAAUCUGCUGCUCCAAAGAGUAGUAUUGUCCAUACAUCUGAUACUUUUCUACCUUCUGCUGAUAACUCCAAGCCUGUCAUCUCAAAUGGUCCCAAGGCCCCACCUCUGCAGAAAAAGCUAGAGAAUUUAGAGCAGUUAAAGGAGGAACUUUGCAAGAAACAAGAAAUGCUGGACCAGAAACGAAAUGACUUUCGUCGCAAAUUGGACAAACUUGAGAAACAAGCUACUGGACCCAAGGGUGAGGCAGACAUAGAGCAAGCUGCUAAGAGACCCAAAGUGGGAAUAACAGCUGAUGUUGGUAAAGUUGCUAAUCUAAAGUCCUCAAAUCCGACUCCUAUGGAAGAACUGCAUGCUGAGAUGACUGAUAAAAACAAAUGUGUAGAGAAUGUUGUCUCCUGUAGUCCAAAAACCAGUACAACUAUGGUGCUGCAGCAAUCCACUAGCUUGAAGCAGCUGAGUAUUCGUCCAUUGGGAUCAAUAGGGACUCCUUCUCCAGUGAACAGAUACAAAUUAGACAAUCGUCCCACUGCAUUUAGAAUUCUUCCUCCUUUACCCGCUGGAUUUGCAAAUGUUGCUAUUAUGAAGGAACACUUUUCACCCUAUGGCGAUCUUUCUAAUGCGGAGUUGGAAGAUCUGGAAUCCCGUGAUUGUGGUAGUGAGUCGGAGGCAUCGAAAGAUUGCUCAGCUUGUAUAACUUUCACGACACGCCGUUCAGCGGAGAGGGCAUUUCUCAAUGGUAAAUGUUGGGAAGGACACGAUUUAAAAUUUAUGUGGCUGACAUCUAGCAUUUCCAGCAAUGACCGUAGUGGCAGAGAAAAUUCUCCAUCCACCACCACCACCCCCAAGGGGCCAUUAAUAGCUGAUGUUGAGCCUGCAGAUGAAGUAGCAGACAGUGGUUCCCAGGAAGCUGCUGCUGCAUCAGGAAAUGGAGAACCUGAACAUUCCGAAGGACAAGGUGGUGUUGAGCACGUGGAACCGGGUGAGUAUUCCCAGUCUAGUUCGAGGUCAACAUCUGGUGAGAAAGAGUCAUCUAAAGGCGAAGCAAUGUAA